UAUCAACAUUUAAUAUAAACAAAAUUCAUAAUGAAAUAAUCAACAGAGCAGACCUGCAACAUUUUGCAAUAGCAGCUUCCACACCAACACCAGAAGAGGAGAGGUUUUGAUUCCCUAGCCGUCUUCUUUAGCCUGCCCUCAUUCUCUACUAGACAUCCUGAACUUGAUUCUUUCUUGGAUCUUCCCUUUAUUCCCCUCUGCCAGCAGCCUAAAAAGAAGAAAAAGAAUUAGAGAAGAAGAGAGAAAUGGUUAGCAUGAUAGCAGAGACUAUUUUAUCCAAACUAAAUGACUUUGUCAUUCAAGAGGCAGAUCUUCUAAGGGGAGUUGAAGAGCAAGUGGAAGUCAUGGAAAAGGAACUGAAAAUGAUGUAUGCAGUGCUACAGGAUGUGGAAGCCUCAGAAGGACUGACCGAGUACUUGUUGCAUUGGAAUGAGAUAGUAGAGACUGCUAGUCUCAAUGCAGAUAAUGCAAUUGAGAAAUUCAUCACAUCAACAGGGAACAAGAGUGGAUUUUUUGUUUUCCAACACUUAAUAGAUAGACAUCAAGUCGGAAUGCAGUUGAAUCACAUCAAGGCCAGUUUUCGCGAGAUGCCCCCCGGAAAAAUAUGGGAUGAGAUGGUAGAGGAUGUUAAUCUCAACACAGAUAACCCUGUCAACGGUUUCUUCACAUCAGCAGGGACCAAUAGCCUACUUCUGUUUUUCCAACACUUGAUAGAGAGAAAUGAGGUCAUAAUGCAGUUGAAUCUCAUAAAGGCUAGCUUUCGUGAUAGUGACAUGGGAAGAAGCAUUAUUUCUACUGUUAUGGAAAGUGGGAAGACGAUGCACAGUCCAUAUAGCAUCAGCUACUGUAGUGAGAUUUUGAUCCCUGAGGCCAUAAGAGUCAUAUGCUCCAGAUUUUUCCUUGGGGAAAGAUAUGACCAAGCUUUGUGGCAGUCAUUGUAUAACCAAGUUGACUCAAUCAAGAGAAAUUUGAGCUUCAUGGAAACCUUGUCUGAAGAUGUUGAAGCCAAGGAAGAAGUGGCUUUGAGAGAGAAGAUAUGGAUCCUUGAAAUGAAAGAUGUUGCUGAUCAUGUAAAGUCUCUUCAUGACUUUCUUUUGAGACAUGGGCCAGAGAGAAGAAGAUUUUCCAACAACAUGAUGUCUCAAAAGGAAGUUUCCAAGGAGAUCCAACAAAUUAAAAGUAAAAUUGUUGAACUAAACAGAAAGAAGCGCACAUAAGGCAUUGAAAUUUCUGUGCCAAACAUAGGGCAGGAAUCAGUUGCUCAAAACUGGCAAGACAAGGAAACAUCCAUUUCUGACAUAUGUAAUACAAUCAAUUUCAAGGAGCAAGCUCAACCUGGUUCCUCAAAUCAUGAAGAAAUACAAGAAAUAGAUAAUUCCUGUAUCCUGGAGAUCCUGAUUUAUCUGCUUACACAGAAGUCAAUUGAAGACCUGAAGGAGCAAGUUGAAUCAGUCAGAGAAGAUUUCAGAAAAAUUUGUGUAUUACUGGAGAAGUUUCCAGAGAAGGAAAAGCGAGAUCAAAAAUUGGAAGCUCUUGUGGAAGAGAUACAAGAGGUAGCUCAGCAGGCAAAGGCCAUUAUCGAGUUAUAUGACAAUAGCAAAGAACUCAAAAGAAGGGGAGUUUUUGAAAGAUUUUUUAAUCUCCACCAUGAAAUUCAAACUCGAAAUAAAAUUGCAAAUGAGAUUGAUCGGAUCAAGAGCAGGAUAUCUGACAUCUCUAGAAGAAAGCUUAUCCACGAUAUGGAAUGCAUUAGAGGAAGAAGAAGCAGCAGCAGCUCAACAGCUAAAAAGCUUCAAGGAACGGGACCGGCUACACCAGGUCGUCAAACUCAGCUCAGCACUUCGAUUCAAGAGGAGAGAAAUCACAUGGAAGAUGGUAUCUUUUCCAUCCUUAAUAAGAAGUUCUUUAACUGGUUUUCUGAUCAAUCAGCUGGUAACUUAGAAGACCAGGUCAAAUUAAUGGAAACAGAAAUAAUGCUAAUGCGAGCUUUACUUGAGGAUUUUCAAGCAACUGAGAAACCAAGCAGAAGAGUAAAAGUAUGGCUGGAGGAAAUAAGAGGAAUCGCUGAUGAUGCAGAGGAUGUCAUUAAAACCUACAGAGAAAGAAUCCAAAAGGAUCUCUCAAACUAUGAGGAUAUGAUGAUUCAAAAUAAGAUUGCCAAUGGCAUAAGAAGGGUAAUGAAUAAGAUCCAUGAUGUUUCAGAAAGAAGAGAAGCUUCAAACUCUAUUUUCCAUAGCCUAUGUCAACGACGGCCACCACCUAAUAUCAUUGGCUUUGAUGAAGAUGUACAUGCAAUUAAAAAACGUAUACUCACAGGUGAUGGAUACCGCUGCAUAAUUUCAAUUGUGGGUGAAGAAGGCACUGGAAAGACUACCCUUGGAAAAUUAAUCUACAGUGAUGACGAGGUUAUCAAUCAUUUCCCUUUCCGAGCUUGGAUCUCUGUACCGCAAGAGAAUAGUGAUAGGGCAGUGCUGCAAGAAAUUCAGAAACAAGUUAUGGAUUCUCUUCAACAAAAAGGUAAAUGGAACGUGAGAGAACCACUUGCUGCUUUGGAUGGGAGGUAUCUGAUAAUCUUGGAUGAUAUCCGAAAAGCAAAAGUCUUGGAUUUUCUUAGAACUGCAUUCCCGGAUAAAUCAAAUGGAAGUAUAAUAGUGAUUACUACCCAAGAGAUGGCUAUUGCUUUGCGUGCUGAUUCAAACAACUCUCCUCAUGAAAUUCAGUUACCAAAUGAGGAGGAAAGUUGGAGUUUGUUUACUGGCACUUUGAAGGUAGAAAUCCCUCCAGAACUAGAGGAUAUUGGGAAAGAAUUUGUAAGAAGCUGUGGGCGGGUGCGGCAAAAUCUCGUUCAUAUGGGGAAUCUGUUGUCCAAGAAUGCUGUUACUUCCGAGAAUUGGUCAAGGGUGCUAAAGCAGUUCAAUAAAGGGCGGAUACCUUGGCUAAAAACACAAAAGGUGUACAUGGACACACCCCGAAACUUGAGAAAAUGCCUUGAUUAUUUCAGAUUGUUCCCUGAUGACUUUGAGAUCCCCGAAAGAAGAUUAAUCACUCUGUGGGUUGCUGAAGGUUUUGUAAAUAAGAGGAUGGACAAUGAACCUCCUGAACAUAUUGCUAGAGGGUACUUGAAGGACUUGAUAGACAAAGAAAUGGUUGAAGUUGUGAAAGAAAAAUUUGAUGGAGAUGUCACAUGCCGUUUGUCGAAAGAGGGAGCUAAGUUCCUCCAAGACUAUGCUGAAGCAACUUCUGGAUUCUCUUCAAGCAUUCAUGGGCCUCGCCGUUUUGCUGAUCAUUAUGAUCAUACGGACUUCCACUUUAAGCAUAUUCAUGGUGACGAGAGUGAUACUCCUCUUGAAAGUUACUACGCAGACGUACUCUCAUUUCUUUCCUUUGACCUGUGCAAAGGUAACAAGCCUGGAGAAGAUGUAAGAAAGUUUCUCCAUCGAUGCAUUUCCAGCAAAUGUUUCCUGUUGCUGCGUGUGCUUGUUCUUGAAUGUGUUUUCAGACCCAAGUUUCCCAAGGUAUUUAAUAGAUUACUCCAGCUGAGAUACCUUGGCUUAAGAUGGACUUACUUAGAGGAACUUCCACCAUUUGUAAGCAACUUGCUUAAACUCCAAACUCUGGAUGUAAAGCACACUUACAUCAGUACUCUCCCACAUUCUAUUUGGAAAAUGCAACGGCUGCGACAUUUAUACUUGAGUGAGAGCUAUCGCAGUAGAUUUGAGCCUAAACCAAACAGCAGCUCUCUAAGGGAGCUUCAAACCUUGUGGGGUGUGUUCAUAGAUGAGGAAAGCCCUGUGAAGAAUGGUCUGAAAACAUUAUUAAAUCUUCGAAAAUUGGGAUUGGCAUGCCGGAUAAUGUUGUCAGAAAAGAAGCAGAUGUUGUCGCAGAUUGAAGCUGUGGCUGAUUGGAUUCUGGAGCUGAAAGACCUUGAAUCAUUAAGGCUGAGAUCGUUUGAUGAACUUGGUAAACCUUGGUAUCUGCCAUUAAAAGACUUGUCAAAACUCAAAAAUCUCUCUAGCAUGUACUUGCUGGGAAGGUUAAAAUUUGACUUUGUUAGAACCGGAAUUCCUGAAAGCCUCACUUACCUAACAUUGUCAGCAUCACGACUAAAGAACGAUCCAAUGCAGAUGCUACAGCACCUUCGCAAUCUGACAAAGCUUAGAUUGUUCUCUGACUCUUUUGUGGGAAAAACUAUGUGCUGCUCUUCUGAAAUAUUUCUUCAUCUUGAAGUCCUGAAAGUAUGGAACCUGGAGCAUCUAGUGACAUAAUCAAAAGGAGCACUUCCAGAACUUAGAGAUUUGGAGAUUAGAUCCUGCAGGCAAUUGAAGAUACUUCCCAAGGAAGUUCAAUGCAUGAAGAAUCUCAGAAUAUUGAGAUUGACAGACAUGCUUUUCCAGAAGAGCAUGCACUGCUACUCUGGAAGCUUUCCUCAGCUUUUGGAGCUGAAACUAGAGAACCUAAAGCAUCUACAGAUAUGGACUGUGGGAAAAGAAGCACUCCCACAACUGAGUCACUUGGAGAUCAAGUCCUGCAGCCAAUUGAGGAUGCUUCCCAAGGGAUUGCAACACAAGAGGAAUCUUAAGGUAUUGAAGGUGAAAAACAUGCCACAGGAAUUCACUAAUAGGCUUGACGAAAAUCGAGGCCUGGAUUGGUUUAAAAUUGCACAUGUGCCUACAAGGGAGAUCAUUUAACUCACUUUCAUGAUGCUGAACCUCUGUGUUCCUUAGAUUUUCCAAUAACUCUACAUUGCUUAGCAUAUUUGGCAAUCUACUGAAUUAGAAUUUAAUUUUGGAAUCAUGACAGAACCUGAUUGUUGGCCAGAGCUCACUGUAGCUGAAAUGUUGAGGCUCAGUGCUGGUAUAAGGAAUGAGGACCAUAUCAUGUCUAGCCCUUUCCAUCCGGUACAAGCAUUGUAAUAAGUUCUGUACCAUUUUCUAUACAUUAAAACAUUAUUAUUUCCAUUAAUGAAAUUGAUUUUACAUAUCUA